AUGGUUCGCGUUAUCAUUAAAGGUGGUGUAUGGAGGAAUACGGAGGAUGAAAUCCUUAAAGCUGCUAUUAUGAAAUAUGGAAAGAAUCAAUGGAGUCGUAUAGCAUCGCUUUUGCAUAGGAAAUCGGCAAAGCAGUGCAAGGCUCGCUGGUACGAAUGGUUGGAUCCUGGGAUUAAAAAAACAGAAUGGUCACGAACGGAAGACGAAAAAUUAUUACAUUUGGCAAAACUUAUGCCAACACAGUGGCGAACAAUUGCACCAAUAGUUGGGCGAACAGCUGCUCAGUGUUUGGAACGCUACGAGUAUUUACUGGAUGAGGCACAGAAAAAGGCAGAACAAAUGGAUGAAAGUGAGGAUCUGAAUGAUGCUAGGAAAUUAAGGCCAGGUGAAAUAGACCCAACACCUGAAACGAAACCAGCAAGACCUGAUCCAAUUGAUAUGGAUGAAGAUGAGCUUGAAAUGCUUUCUGAGGCUCGUGCAAGAUUAGCGAACACACAGGGCAAAAAGGCAAAACGUAAGGCGCGCGAAAAACAGCUUUCAGAAGCUCGUCGUCUUGCUUCGCUGCAGAAACGACGUGAAUUGCGUGCUGCUGGUAUUCCAUGGGGACAACAUAAAUUUCAGCGCAGAAAUCCUUUGUAUCUUGAUUAUAGUGCAGAGAUUCCAUUUGAAAAACCUGUACCACCGGGAUUUUACGAUCCAGCAGAAGAUAAAUUUGAAAAAGACACGACAUUCAAGAAACAGACUCGAGCCGAAAUUGAAGGUGUUCGGCGUGAUGAUAUCGAAAAUGAGGAACGUAAGAAGGACCGCGAGAAGGCUGAGGGUAAUCCUGAAUCAAUUUUUGAACAGAAGGUUGAAAAGAAACGUUCAAAACUUAUUUUACCAUCACCACAAAUAUCGGACAAAGAAAUGGAAGAAAUCGUCAAGAUUGGACAAGCAACAGAUACCAUUCGCGAAUUUAGUGAUAAUAAUCCAACAAGUACACUUUUGCACGAUUAUCAGAUGCCAAUACAUGAAAAUACUGCUCGAACAGCACGCACUCCAUCGAUGUACGCCGAUGCUUUGCAAAAGGAAGCUGAAAAUCUACUUACUCUACAGAAUGCUUCAACACCAUUGAAAGGAGGUGUAAAUACUCCUCUGCAUGAUCUAAAUAUGCAGUCAGCUUUACCACAGGAUCGUUUUGUUGCUACUCCGAAUACUGUCCUCUCGAAUGUUGCAACUACGCCUUCUUCUACUUUACAAAGAACACCCGGGCAAUCAGAACCUGCUACACCAUCCAGUACACCAUUUCGAGAUCAACUAAGUAUCAAUAAUCCGCAAUUAUCGUAUGAUUCGCGCAGUGAAUUAAAAAAAGCACUGAGUUCUUUACCAGCACCUCGAAAUGAAUUUGUCAUCAUGGUACCACCGGAAGAAACGGAGGCAUCACAGGAGGAAAAAACUGAAUGGAUAGACGAUGCCAGUGAUAUAGAUGCUCAAAGAGCUGAAGAGUGUGAAUUGUUACGUAUUCAGAAAUUGAAAAAAGAAUCCCAUGUUAUACAACGUGGAUUACCAAAACCAUCAAAAAUUAACGAACAAAGUUUCAAACCAAUUUCGAGUAAGAGUGAUAUUGGCAAGGCAGAUGAUGUGAUUAAAGCGGAAAUGUUUGGUAUCCUGAAGCAUGAUGUCAAUGAAGAUCCAAUCGAUGAUAUCUCUCUAGAAGAUAUAGAGGAAGCAGAAAAAAUGAUACAAAAUGAAUUACGACCGGAAGAGCAUGCUACUUUGAACGCAAAUCUGUGGGCUGUUAUUGAACAGUGUUCAUCGGAGCUGAUCUUAGCACAAAACAAAUUUACUCGCUUAGGCGUUUUGCCUAAAAAGGAUCAAAUUGAUGCUCUUUCAGCUAAAUUCCAGCUUUAUCGAGAUUGGAUGAAUACACGUGCAAAAAAAACAUCAAAAAUGGAGAAAAAAUUGAAAGUGAAACUGGCUGGUUAUCAGAGCAUCGGACAGCAUUUGAUAAAACUAAUCGAAGAAGUAAGAGCGGAAUUGGAAGCAUGUAAACGUGAAAAAGCUACGUUUGAAUUGUUGGAGAAGAACGAGGAGAAAGCAAUUAGAAAACGGCUAAACAAACUUAUGGAAGAGGUCACGCAGCAAGAAAAACGAGAAAAAGAGUUGCAAAAACACUACGAUGAACUGAUGCAAGAGAAGUGGAAUAUUGGGCAAGCACUUGUGCGAUUGGAUGCGACAAUUAUUGCCCAGCCUAUUACAUAUCAGUGA